CUGGAGCCGCUGUCGCUCAAGGACAUUCCGGAGAAAGCUGACAAGAAGUUCCGCUUCUCGGCGCGUAACCUGAAGGUGCACGGCCUGAGCACGGUGCAGGUGGAGGACGUGACGCUGCAGCCCGACACGCUGGCGCUGGAGCUGAGCUUUGACCAACUGCGGGCCUCCACUAAGAUGACUCUGCGCUACAGCUUCAUCACGGGCCGGCCGGACGUGGAGCUGGAGCUGACGCGGCCCCGCAUCCGCGUGGAGGCCGGCUGGACGUUGGGCGAGCAGGACGGCAAGCUCAACAUCCAACUAAUCAACCCCAGGGUCACGAUCGACUUGGAGUCCUUCUCCACGAAGAUUUCUAAUCUGGGAGGGCUGGGAGGCUUCCUGCAGUCGCUUCUCAACAACAACAACGAAGUUCUGCUCAGGUUCUUCAAGCCAGAGCUGCAGAAGCAGGCACAGAAGAUGCUUGAAAAGGAGUUCAGAACCAUCAAACUGGUCAGCUAAAUUGUGCCACCGUUACGUCAGACGAUGCCGUAGUGCAUCAUUCGAGUGAUACGAGACUGCAGUGUAUCAUUCGGCUGCUCGUGGCCUGUUAUCUGCUUUACGUGUGACGGACACAACUGGAUGCCAAGUGCUGCGCUGGAGCGUGGCUUACUGCGAGUUGUCCUGCGCUCUCGCGACCGUGACCUGCGCGACCGCUCCCGAACUGUGAUGCGCGAUGCGCGCGUUGUGAAUCUGUUGACCAUUGUUGGUGUAAAGCUCUCGGCAGGUAAUGGAGCGUUACGUUCGCGCCUCAAUGUCUUGCUGUGGCAGUUGGUGGACAAAUAAACCACAGAUGACUUACA